GCUGCAAGUUCCUCCAUCUAUCCGCGCAGUGGCAUCACCCCAUUACCAUUCACGCAGCGCGAUUAGUAGACAGCGCGAACAGAAGCGCGAGUCGCGAUGAAGGUUCGCGCGUCGGUUAAGAAGCUGUGCGAGCAGUGCCGCGUGGUGCGGCGGCGAGGGCGGGUGUACGUUGUCUGCGCGACCAACCCGAAGCACAAGCAGCGGCAAGGGUUUCACACCGAUAUCGCCGACAGCAUCACCGGCAGCCGCAGUAGCAGAAGCGUUACAUUCAACAGCAUCCGGGCCUCCUGCUGCUCCCCAGUUGUCCGCUCGGCAAAUUGCCGCUAAUCUGCUUGGCUUUAAGAGUGCUUGAUGCUUCCACCACGAUACCAUGACCAGAACCGCAUGAUCCCCCGCAUGAUCCCCCGCAUGAUCCCCCAUGUGAUCAGCGCACACUCGCCCUCCCUAUCCUCCACCCUCGCACCAUCAUCAUCACCAUCACUAGCAGCAGCAGCAGCAGCAGCAUCAGCAGCAGCAGCAACAUCAGCAGGACUCCCAUCAACAGCAUCCGGGUUGGCUGCUUCGCCUUGGGUGUCGGUUCGAUGAAGCCGGCUUCAGUAGGGCGUGAAGAAAGUGUUUGGUUUGCCCAAAGAAAGUGUGUGUUUCGAGCCGAGGCUUGUGGGAAAUCGUUUGGAUGAACCCUUGUUGGUAAGGCGCAUUGUUGUUCCUUGUAGUCUAUGAAUUCAUGCAUGUCCCUCCAAUACUGCCUACACUGGCAAAAGAAGCUGUACA